AUGCGUGCCGGCCACGACGUCCGGGUCCAUGCCCAUCCAGUCCUUGUAGGUCUUGUUGGCGUAGGUCAGGCGGUGCUCGCGGUCGACGUAGGAGAUGAGCACGGGCACGUUGUCGGCAAUCGCCUUGAGGUGGGCCUGCGCGUCGCUGACCCGCUGCUCGGCGAGCUUGCGCUCGGUGAUGUCGAAGGUGAUGCCGAACACGCCGACGACACGGCUGUCACCGUCGAACUCGGGCACAUAGGUCUGCAGGUACUGGUGCAGCUCGCCAUCGCGCGCGCCGGCGCGGGACUCGAACACGACGGUGUGGCCCGUCAGCGCCUCGGCCAGCCGGGGCAUGACCUGGUCCACGUAGGCCCCGUCGCGCACCUCGUCGAUGCGGCGGCCCAGCAGUUCCUCCGGCCGGAUGGCGAGCAGCGCGUCGAACUGCUGGUUGGCGAACAGGUAGCGGCCGUCGGCGUCGAGGUGGGAGAUGAGGGCCGGCACGUUGUCGGUGAUGGCGCGCAGGCGCCGCUCGCUGCGCUCCUGCUGCAGCUGGGCGCGGCGCAGCUCGGUGACGUCGAACGUCAUCAGGUAGAAGCCGCUGACCGCGUCGGUCUGCGGGUCGCGCAUGGGCACGAGGUUGAUCUGGAAAUAGCCGAUGCCGCCGCGCCAGGGCAGGGCGCCUUCGAAGGACUGGCGCUCGCCCUUCAGCACCGCUUCCACGUAGGGGCGGUGCAGCGCGUAGCUGUCUUCGCCCAGGCCCGUGCGCAGCGGCAUGCCCACCGCAUGCUGGCGCGACACGCCGUGCACCUUCAGCGCCAGGUCGUUGGCGAAGAUGCAGCGCUCCCGUGUGUCGAAGGCGCCGACGAUGGCCGGGAUGGCGUUGGCCACGUCGCGCAUGCGCUCCUCGCUGGCCGCGAGCUGCUUGACGAGCGGGCGCACAUGCCGGCGCAGCGCCCAGGUGCCGGCCGUCACGAGUGCGGCCAGCAGCAGCGCCAGGCCGCUCAGGCGCUGGCGGAUGACGCUGAACACAUCUUCGAUGUCCGUCUUGGCGACGAUGGCCAGGCCGGUGUUGGCCAGCGGCAGGAAGGCGGCGACGACGGGCACGUCGCGCAGGUCGGGCGUCAGCACCACGCCGGACUCGCCGAGCAGCGCGCGGUUGAUGGGCAGGUUGACGCGGCCGUUGGCGUCGAACAUCGGCACGGUGAAGGGCUUGGCGUCGAGCUUGGACGGCAGGCACUGGGCGAUGUCGGCCACGCGGUUGCAGAUGAGCACGUCGGCCGAGGUCUCGCUGUCGCGGAUGCGCGUGACGAGGCGGUCCAUCAGCACCAGCCGCUGCUCGCUGAUGAAGUGGCCGACGACCUCGCCGCGGUCGACGACGGGCCGCUCGGUGUGCAGCACGAAGCCGUCGGCCAGGAAGAGCCGCGUGGCGAUCGCGUAGCUGGUGGCGAGCGCCAGCGUGGGCGUCUCGCGGGUCUCGGCAAAGCGGCCGGCUUCAGACAGCGUGCGGCCCGACGGGUUCAGGAAGCGCGUGGCCGUCACGCCGCCGGUGAGCAGGCCGCGCGUCGUGAUGUGCAGGCGCUCCAGCAGCGCGGCGUCGUCGGGGUUGGCGGCGAUGCGCGACAGCUGGUCGAUGACGACGGGCUGCGUCGAGACGGUUUCGGCCAGCCAGAUGCCGGAGUCCAGCGUGGCGGUGAAGGCAUCGCCGGCGACGACGGCGGUGGAGCGGAUGUCUUCGGCGCGGGCGUGCUCGAAGUCCGACUCCAGCGCCGCGAAGCCGCCCGCGCCGGCCGCGAUGACGACGACGGCCAGCACGCCCAUUGA